AUGAUCUGUGAUGUCGGAAUAGACAUCCAACGCUGAGAAAGAAGUGAUCUGCAGAUAUUUCAAAGGAGUGACGAACCCUGUCUGAAGGGAUAGAAGAGUUGUUUUGAAGGUUCUGACUGGAUUUCCUAAUGCACGAGUCAUGACUUUGUUAUUUUUUCCACUGACGCGGAUGGCUGUGCAGUAGCUCUCCACAAAUACAAUUUCAAUCCAAAGCAACAUACAGAACAACUGUGCCAACAGAAUGCAGAAGCAAGUGGAGGUUAAGAUGGACGGGACCCACCUUGAGCCCACAGUGGAAAGUUCUGAGAGCGUAUGUAGCAGUCUGUGUGAUAAAGUCAUGAAGAACAUGGUUCUCACUCUCACGAUCUUGGGUGUGUUUCUGGGCUCCAUCACUGGAAUGCUGCUGCGUCACAUAUCGCCUCUCCCUCCUGAUGUCAUUAUGAUCAUCGCCUUCCCUGGAGAGAUCCUAAUGAGGAUGCUGAAGAUGCUUAUUUUGCCUCUUGUUGUUUCCAGUCUGGUCACAGGACUAGCGGGUUUGGAUGCCAAAUCCAGCGGCCGCCUAGGCACCAGGGCCAUGGUGUACUACAUGUCGACGACGGUGAUUGCAGCCGUCCUGGGAGUGAUCCUGGUGCUGCUCAUCCAUCCCGGUAACCCCAAGCUGAAGGCCAACCUCGGGCAGGGAAAGAAGAACGACGAUGUGUCGAGCAUGGACGCUUUCUUCGAUCUCAUCCGAAAUCUUUUCCCAGAUAACUUGGUGCAGUCCUGCUUUCAGCAGGUAGGAGUCUCACAGAGGAGACCCACCACAUUACAUCGGAUUCAUAUGUCACUUGCUCUAACUCUUUGUUCUUUUCUCUGCUUCUUUGUCCAGAUCCAAACAGUAACAACCAAAGUACAAGUGCCUACUAACAGAACCAAAGCACCCCCACAGUUCACAGUUAAAAGGACGCUCCAGUUCAAGGGAGGGAUGAAUGUCCUAGGUUUGAUUGGAUUCUUUGUCGCUUUUGGAGUAAUUAUGGGCAAAAUGGGGGAAAAGGCCAAGCUGAUGUUGGAGUUUUUCAACGUCCUGAAUGAGAUUGUUAUGAGGCUUGUUGGCGCAAUUAUGUGGUACUCCCCUUUUGGUAUUGCCUGCCUCAUCUGUGGAAAGAUCAUCUCCAUUGCGGACUUGGAGAUGGUCGCGAGGCAGCUGGGGAUGUAUAUGGUCACUGUGAUAGUGGGCCUGAUCAUCCACGGAGGCAUCUUCCUUCCGCUGAUAUAUUUUGUGAUAGUAAGACAAAACCCCUUCACGUUCUUUAUGGGGAUAUUCCAAGCUUGGGUCACGGCACUUGGAACAGCGUCCAGUGCCGGUACCUUGCCCGUCACAUUCCGAUGCUUGGAGGAGAACCUGGGCAUCGACAAGAGGGUCACCCGCUUUGUCCUCCCGGUUGGCGCCACCAUCAACAUGGACGGCACGGCGCUUUAUGAGGCUGUGGCUGCCAUCUUCAUCGCUCAGAUGAAUGGGAUUAACCUCGACUGGGGCCAAAUUAUAACUGUCAGUAUGACAGCCACCCUGGCCAGUGUUGGAGCAGCCAGUAUCCCCAGUGCUGGACUUGUGACCAUGCUUCUGAUCCUCACGGCGGUGGGGCUGCCCACCCAGGACAUUAGCCUCCUGGUCGCUGUCGACUGGCUGCUGGAUCGUUUCCGUACCUCCGUUAAUGUGGUUGGAGACUCCUAUGGAGCAGGUAUCGUGUACCACCUGUCCAAGCACGAGCUGGACUCCUUCGACCAACAGGCCCGGAUGGAGGAGCUUGAGAUGGCAAAGACACAAUCCUUCUUUGAAAAUAACAGCAACCAGAAUGUGUAUGCUCACAACAACUCGAUCUUGAUAGACGAUUGCAAGGUCACCAAUGGCAAAAUUGGCAACCCUUCAGGGUUCUCUCUUGUUGAGGAGGGACCAUGGAAAUGCGAGUAAAGCAGAUCCUGAUGUUGCUGCGCCUUACCCUGAGUUCCGACAGCUUUAACUUUCUGCCGACACAACUAUAGAAAUCAGCAAAAAAAAAAAAAAAAAAAAAAAAAUCACAUAGAAAAGAAGGAGCAAAACACAGUGAAAGUAAGCAGAGUCAACUGUACGACGAGAACGAACAGUUGGCCAGUGUUUUUCUUUCAGUUACCCGUCCGGGGGGCUACUGGAGCAUACUACAGAUGACUCACCGAACUUGUGUUAGAUCUUGCAUUUGCACUAGACACAAACUGAAAUGAACUGGUGCAUUUCGAGCGCUUUGUACAGAAGAAUACAUCAUGCGGUUGACUACACUCAGGGCCUUACUUGGUGCUGCUGCAAGCUUCUUGUUCUGUCAACGAAAGACUUCGACCUCGUGCAACAUCUAAUUUUUUUCUUUUGUAUGGAAGUAUUUUCUUUGUAGCUUAAAGGGCAGAGGUGAUACGCGGACGAUGUCCUUUUUACAUUUAAUGCAAGGACCAAGUAAGAGAAAACGUUGGUGUAAAUGACUCAGAACUGUUACUGCUACAGAUCAGUGGAUCAGAAUUUGACAGAUGGUUGUUAUUAUCAUUGUGUAUUUGUGUAUUCUGAGACUCUGUCUUCUUAUGAAAUGACCAGAAACUCUGGACCAAGGGUUCGAUAUAACGCAAACUGGCUUCAUGAAAACAGAACACGAACAGAAUGAUAUAGUGCUUGGUGUGGCAUUGUGAUGUAUGUGAUGGUUAAACACUGCGUUACCUUUGACUGUUUGAUUUAUGGGAUUACACCGUGAUGUCACACACAUGGCCAAGCCUAAGAAGCAAAGCUUAAGGCUAAGACCAUAAGAGCAGAGGGGGUGACCUCUAAAAGUGGCAACAGAACAGUACAGGAUGUGUUGCAGAGAGCUUUAAAGCAGAAAAUAGAGUACGUGACGGGUGCCCUCACAGCUAUUUAUUUAUUACUUUUUGUAUACAUGUUCUGUAUGAGCAAUGCACUAAGUUCUGUUUCCAGUCAAAAGGUUUGCCUGUGUGCUGGAAUUUGCCGUGUAUUCAUGUGUGUUUCUGAGAGCAAGAGCAAGAUUAAC